UGAACCAAGUCAAUUGGCCCUCCUGGUCUUAAACCCCCAAUCCCAAUCCCAAUCCCACCCCAACCAAAACCCUAGUUUUCCAACAUCUCUACCACUCAGCAGUCAGGAGCAAAGCACGCCGCCCGCCACCAUGACAGGUGAAGCUGUGAACCCGAAAGCGUACCCGCUGGCGGAUUCCCAGAUGACAAUUACAAUACUGGACCUGGUUCAGCAAGCUGCCAACUACAAGCAACUCAAAAAGGGCGCCAAUGAAGCUACGAAGACACUGAACAGGGGUAUGUCUGAAUUCAUCGUGUUGGCAGCUGAUACUGAGCCACUUGAGAUCCUCCUCCAUCUUCCACUCCUUGCUGAAGAUAAGAAUGUUCCCUAUGUUUUUGUUCCUUCUAAACAAGCACUUGGCCGAGCAUGUGGCGUCACAAGGCCUGUCAUUGCAUGUUCUGUCACCAGCAAUGAGGGCAGCCAAUUGAAGACCCAAAUUCAGAAUCUUAAGGAUGCCAUCGAAAAGCUCAUGAUCUAAGAAGUCAUGGGGUGUUCGGAGUGAUGGGCCUCUAGAAUUCACUUCUUCAGAGGCUUUGACUGAUGGAGUUGCUGAGUGACCAACUUUUGAAUUUUUGUUUUUGUUUUUGCCCUCUUCAUGGAUAGUUAUGGCUUAUAUAAUAGCAGUAAUUAACAUUUAUCUGUCAUAUUUCAUAUCACAAUUCAAGUUGUAUUGUGUUUGAGUAUUCUACUUAAAGUUGCUGUUGUUGAGCGUGCUUAUGAUUGUGGUAACAACCUUGUUAUGCUUGCCUUUUCUUUCCCUUGCUUAGAUGGGAUUUUGUGCUGCUCCGUAAGUUGUGCAAAGUAUAUUAAAAUUUUAGGAUGAGGUUUGUGAA